UCCGGCAGCAGAGUACAGUUACUCCUCGAGAACAGGUCCCUGUGGCAGCAGUUCCACCGUCUGGGAAAUGAGAUGAUCAUUACUAAGUUUGGAAGGCGGACCUUCCCUCAGUGCUCUGUGAGUGUGACAGGCCUGGAUCCCCAUGCCCAGUACAUGAUGCUGAUGGAUGUGGUCCCAGUCGAUAACAUCCGGUACAAAUGGCAGGCCAAGAGCUGGGAGGCUGGAGGGAAAGCAGAACCCCAUCUCCCCCAGCGUUUCUACAUCCACCCGGAUUCCCCGAGCCUGGGAUCGUCCUGGAUGAGCAAAACCAUCUCCUUCCACAAGCUCAAGCUGACCAACAAUCCCAUUGACCAACAGGGACAUAUCAUCCUCCAUUCGAUGCACAGGUACCAGCCCCGUUUCCAUGUUGUACAGGCCAACCAGCUGUACAGUCUCCGCUGGAACUGCACUGCCACGUUUGUGUUUCCUGAGAUGGUCUUCACUGCAGUAACAGCCUACCAGAACUCCCAGAUUACUCAGCUGAAGAUUGAUAAUAAUCCCUUUGCAAAGGGGUUCCGCGUCAAUGGGAUGAACAGUAAAAGGGUACGAGAGGCGAGGACCCUGCAGAGUCGCAGAUGUCCGGCUGUAGUGGAGGAGAGGAGCUGUGACUGUAGUACAGACUGUAAAGAGCAGAAACAGGCUGUACCUCAGGCUGUAGGGGAGAGUAAACUGUGUCUGCUCCAGACUGAGGAGAACGCCAACCAGCAGGAGGCUGCUCGAACCACAUUGCUCCCUCAAACCGUAAACAUGGCAAACUGGGCACCUCCAGCUGGGCACCAGAAAGAGGAGAACCACUGGAACCUCUCAGUUUGCGAAGACCCUGCUCUCCCUGCAGCCCAUGGGGUUGAGGCCAGGGGCGUCUAUGGGAAACCGAUGGUCUUCAAUGCAUUUUGCAAUAUGAGCCCUGGCUCAGAGGGUCUCCCAGUGCCUGAAGAGAAGCCGACAGCCAGUCUGAUGGCCAGCUAUCCUGUGGAGCUCAGUACCAUCCUCGGCCCUCCGGUGAGUGGUAAGGAUUGUGGGAAAGGUGUCUGGGAGAGUGGAGGUGCUCAGGACUUGUCCCUCAUCAAUGUAAACCAGCCAUCCAAUGGAAGGAGUUCUACAGCGUCACAGAGUGCCUGUGAGUUGAGACUCCCUGCAGUGUUACAGAGCACAGGCACUCAGUUCAGUUACCCUGCCUACAAUGGGCCUGCACUUUAUGGCCAUCCAAACAACAUUGGCUUCCUGGAUGUUAGGCGGUGUUUACUGAAUGGCCUGCAGUAUAGUUGAGGGGACAGGCAGUGAGGGGUUUGGGCAGCUCACACUCCCAUUGUGUUCACACCAUGAGGCAAACGACUGUAAAUAACCUGGAAACCAGGCUUCAGUAUCACAGCAGGCAUACUCGGAAAUAGAUGGGAAAUGGUGACUGUCACACUGGUUCUGACUUUCUGAAAACAUACUCAUAUCUGUCCACAUCAUACACUGUGUCCAUCUCUAUACUGUGCACGCUGAGAGUGAAUCUCUAUACAGUAUAUACCAUAUUAAUCACUAUACCACAUACACUGAGAGUUAGUCUCUAUACAAUAUAUACUGUGUUAGUCUAUAUACCAUAUGUACUGUGUGUUAAUCCCUAUAGAGUAAUUACUGGGUCUUUGUACAAUACACAUUAAAUGUGAAUCUCUAUACAAAAUAUACUGAGUGUUAAUCUCUGCAAUAUGUAUUAAAUGCUAAUAAAGAUACACAAACAUACCAAAUGUCAAUCUCUAUAAGACAAAUACAGGAUAUUAAUUGCUGUAUAAAACAUACUGAAUGUCAAUGUCAAUACAAUAUAUAGGGUGUUUAAUCUCCAUAAAAUAGAUACUGAACAUUGAUCUCUAUACAAUAACUACUAGGUGUCUAAACUCUGUAAAAUAAAUACUGGGUGUUAAUAUUUAUACAAUGCACGCCACGGGUCAGUCUCUAUACAAUGUAUGCUGGACGUUAAUCUCUAUACGAAAUAGACUAAGUGUCUAAUCUCCAGACAACAUUUACUGGGCGGCAAUCUCUACACAAUACAUAAUGGAUGUGCUAAUCUCUAUACAAGUUAUAUUAAGUGUCAGUCUCUAUACAAGAUAUCCUAUGUGUAUUGAGUAUGUAUAUUGAGUGUUAAUCUUUGUGCAGUAUAUUCUGAUUGUUAAUAUUUAUACAUAUAUGCUCAGUGUCAGUCUCUUUACUAUAUGUACUGGGUGUCAGUCUCUAUACAAUUUAUGCUGGAUGUUAAUCUCCAUACAAACUAAACUGGGUGUUAAUCUCUACACAUUAUAACCUGAUUGUUAUUCUCUAUAGAAUAUAUAUGGAGUCACAGAAUCAUACACUAUGGAAACAGAUGCCUUGGUCCAACCAGUCCACAUUGACCAUGUUCCCGAACUAAAUG